AUGUCUGAUCUGCGUCUCAGAAGUGACAAGCGGCGACGUGAGAAGGCAGCGAUUGGCCACGAGGGAAGAAGAGGAGACGAGGAAGACGAGGAAAUGGAAAGGUGUGGAGGGAGGAGGAGGAGACUUCCAUUAUGUAACUAUCAGAUGCUCAGCUGGAGAAACGGCUGCCGCGUGCUUCCCGUGAGACAGACGCGCUCUUAUCGGAUCCGGUUUGAAGGAUGA